AUGGAUAGCAAGUUUGAUAAUCUACGUACCCAGAUCUAUGAUGAGCUUGUCGACGGUGGCGACCAGACAUUGGUGGAAAGCUUGUUAGUCGAGUAUAAGGAGCUUCUCGUGGUGGCGCGGAUCAAGUACCCGGAGGCGUACCCGCUGUACCAGCUAAAGUUUAACGGGGUCCAAAACAAAGUGCGCCAGUACCAGAUCAAACAAAAUAUUGCUGUCAAUGAACGGACCCAGGAACAGAGACUUGAAAAAUACUAUAUUGUUCCAGAAGCAUCGCUGUCGAUGCUGGCGGAAGAAGCCAGAGAGGCCCUCUUUGCUGGAUACGCGCGUUCGUCUAAGAACCAAGAAGACAAGCUGACGAAACAACAAGUGUUGCUGACGAACAAGAAGAUUACCCAAUCGCUUCAGCAGACGCGACAGCUCAUGACGUCGCUGAUUUUGCAGACGGAAUUGAACAUAGACUCGUUGGAUCAGCAGACGAAAGACCUCAAAUCGUUGAACGAAAGCUACAUGAAGUUCUCCGAUAUUUUAUCAGUUUCCGAUCUGGUGGUUAAGUUUAUUCAAAAGCAGGAUAGAGAGGACCAGCGGCGCAUCCGGUAUGCGUUGAUCUUCUUGGGGUUAUGUGUGUUUAGAGUGUUUUGGCGACGUGCCCUACUGUUACCCAUCAGAAUGUUGCUUUGGUGGUUCUUACGGUUAUUCCGAGUAUUUGGGUGGAUUUUUGGCAAAGUGUUCUUUAAGAGCUCGAGUGCCGUGACUUCAUCAGGUGGUAUAUCCUACGAGACGGUAUCGGCUUUAAUGACCCAAGUGGAGAGUUCGAUGGAUCCCAGCUCUAUUUCAUCACUGCUUGAUGAUAUAUUGGCAUCGGUUAAGCUGGGAGUGGAAGUGGCAGAGUCGAUUGUCAGUGCUGCCGUUCUGGAUCAGGCCGAUAUACUAAGCGAUGCCGUGUCCACCGUGGUCAGUGCCGCCGAGUCAAUUGCUACUGCCAGUAGCUCAAUCGUGAGCUCUGUUGUGAGCGCAGAAUCCCCGAUACAGAGUUCUUCAUCCAUUGAAGCUGUUUCCAGCAUUAUUAGUUCGUCCACUGGGGUAACCAUUGAAGCCGCGAUGGAGAUCCUCGAUGAGCUAUAG